AUGAGUGACCGGUUGACCGGAAAGGUGAAGUGGUUCAAUGACCAGAAGGGGUUCGACUUCAUCACCCCGGAGAACGGCGGCGAAGAUCUCUCCUUCCACCAGUCCUCGAUCCGAACCGCAGGCUUCCGCACUCUCGGCUACGGUGAGUCGGUCGAGUUCCAGAUCAGGACCGACAACCACGGCCGCUCCAAGGCCGUUGAUGUCAUCGGUCCGGAGGAUGGUCCCGUCCAGGGAAGGGGAUCCGGAGGUGGCUACGGAGGCGGUGGAGGCGGUGGGAGGUACUCUGGUGGCGGUGGAGGCGGCGGUGCUUCUGGCGGCUGCUAUCAGUGUGGUGAAUCUGGUCAUUUUGCAAGGGAGUGUCCUAAAAGAGUUAAAUCUGUCUCUGUGGAUCCAUCAAGCAACACAAAAAAAACUGGUUACUUCAGGGUGGAGGAUUGUAAAAUAGUGGGUUCUGUAACCACUAUCCAAAUCCAUGCUGGGCACAAUGAUCUCUGGCGCUCACUCGAGGCUGUAAUAAGAGAGAAAGUUCUUGAAAAUUAUAAGGCAGUUCCUGGAUAUGAAGAAAGUGCUGAGCUUGAGUAUUUUCUAGAUAGCAUUGAGUAUUGCGAGACUGAGGACAACUUUGCUGAGUUGUACUUCCAACCGGCUGUGGGUUCCAAGGCGGACACAGCCUUCCUUCUGUUGGAUUUGGCUAUUAUAGCGCCUUUAUAUGGUGCUUUGGAGACUGUUCUUAGAAAAACUUAUCUGGAUGUUGAACGAAAAUUUGAAAAGUGGGAAUACUAUAAAGAUUUUAAAGACCAUGUAACUCCAGGCCAGUUUCCAGACAACUAUCGUGGUCUACUAAACUGUUGUAAAACAGUUUGUCACCAUUUCAAUGAAUAUGUUGAGACAGUUGAGACAGCUAAGUCUUUGGAAGAAACCCUAGACGAAUUCUUAAAACUGUUUCCGACUUUACCAGUGGAUUAUUUUCAACAGUUGCAAUCGAUCGGCUUUAAAUUCAAGCCCCAUCUACUGGAAAGUGGUAUCCUCCUUGGAGAUUGUGAUUCGUGAUAUCAUUUAUUCAUUUAGAGCACUUGAAGAAAGCAAUGACCAAGUAAAGAAAGGGUUGCAGGAAUCGAAUAUGCAGCUCCUUAUGUUUGGUUGUAUAUGCGGUCAUAAGUGGGUGCAGAAGGUUCAAAGGUUGUUCUGCGACUUGAAGCCUUGAGGAGGAAUGAAGUA